AUGUCGCACCUCGGGCACAAACACGCAGGCUCUGUAGCUCAGAACCACAAAGCUCAGCUGGCCACGGCCUACAAUGAUCUCGGUAAGGAGCUCUCGUCGUCGAAGAUCAAGGUUGUGGGGAAUUAUACGCUGGGAAAGGUCAUUGGAGAGGGUACAUAUGGAAAGGUGCGCCUCGGGACCCACCGCCUCACCUCGACCCGCGUGGCCAUCAAGCAGAUCCCCAAAGCCCUCUCCGCAACCCUCACGCGCGAGAUACACCACCACCGGCAGCUGCACCAUCCACACGUCACACAGCUAUACGAGGUGAUCGCUACGGAGUCCUCCAUCUGGCUCGUCACGGAACUCUGUUCUGGGGGCGAGCUUUUUGAUUUCCUCGCCGAGAAGGGCCGCCUUGCAGAGGACGAGGCGCGCGUUCUGUUCGGUCAGCUCUGUCUUGCCGUUGGCUAUGUUCACGAGAAGGGCAUUGUUCACCGCGACCUCAAGCUGGAGAACGUGCUCCUCGACGAGAGAUGCAGGAUUAAACUCGGCGAUUUUGGUUUCACGAGGGAGUUUGAACGUGGCACGUAUCUCGAGACGUUCUGCGGGACGACGGGGUACGCUUCUCCAGAGAUGCUGCAGGGGAAGAAGUAUCUGGGCCCAGAGGUGGACGUUUGGUCACUCGGUGUGAUAUUGUAUUGUUUAUUGACUGGAACGCUCCCGUUCGACGACGAUGACGAGGCUUUGAUGCGUGAAAAGGUCAUCAAAGCUGCAUUUGAGGACCCUGAGCGCUCUGUUUCCUCCACGCUCUCCGAUCCUGAGUCACCUAUCACUGCGGGCAUCGAUGCCUCUGCUUCCACGCAUGCACACAUCCACGCGCCGCAGGACUUUGCGACACUCCUCCGCGCGCCCGCACCCAUCAUAUUUGGCACGGCGCUCGAGCGUGCUCUGUUAAAUAAUUUAAGCGCGCUCGGGCUUGACACGGCGCAGAUUGUGCACUCGGUCCUCAGCGACGCGUGCGAU